AUGUCUCAAAAUAGCGUGAAAACCUCAAUAUCAAUCCAGCACCAGAGAGAAACAGAAGCCUUAAGAAAGAAGCUUGAAAGAAAUAGAAGAGACCAGAUUGAGAACAGGCUUAAGGAAAUUACUAAGAGGAAUUCUUUGAUAUAAAAUUAAAAUCUGAACAACUUCGAAGCCUGAAUAAAGAGAAGAAGUUGCAUAGCAUUAGGAAGAACUUCAAGAGGAAAUUAACUCAGAAUAUGAAGGAUUAUGAGCAAAUAAAGCGUGAUCAGAAAGUGAAGAAACUUCAAGAAUUGCUAGAGACUCACAUUUGAGAUAUCCAUCAGCUCCAAGCAAUGGUCGAGGAGAGGAAAGAAGAAGAAAGAAUUCGUAAGAUGAAGGCUGAAGAGGAAAUACGCGAAAAAGCCAAGAAGAAAAAUAUGCUACUCGCACACCAACAGCCCCUUAAAAGUACGGGAACCUCCACAGACCUUAUUUUCAACCAACGAUCCAAGCAUUUCAGAAGGUUUACAGUUGACAAUCACAAUUUUCCAGAAUAUGGAGGUAAAACAUCUACAAUUUCAAUAGAAGAUGUCAGACAAAUGACAAUUGAAAAGCAAAAAGAAGAGCUUAACUAUUUUUACGGCUCCAGAACCUUCCAAUUAAUGAAGAAUUUAUCUGAAAACCAAAUAAAGAAAUAUUAUGGAGCAGGAAACAUUGCUUAUGAUGGCAGUUAUGAGUUUAAAUGGCUCAGGGAAUACAAAAGAUUCAUAAAAAGUCACCUGAAAGAUGAUCAGAGUACAUCACAAAGCUCCAAGGAUUUCGACGUCACUCAGAACUACGAGCAACAGAAAGAAGCGGAGUGGAUAAUCAGGCAAAAAUACAAGUUAAUGCGUGCUCUUAAAUAAAAAAUGGGAGCAAAGUCAACAAGCAGAAAUGUUAAAAUAAUGAUCAGCCUACUAAACAGUUAAUCAAGAAGCCAAAUUUGUAUAAGCGUAUGGAAUCAACGACAAUUUCAUUUGAGAAAAUACCAUUGCUUGACAAGAAAGGAAAAUCCAAGAAGGAAGUAAACGUAGAAGCUCUCCAUACGAUAUACAGCAUAAAAUCUGAUGGAAACAUACAAGAGAAAGGUCAAUCUCGCUCAGUUUCAACAAAUACUGGACCGGAUAUUGUCCAUAUGCUGGAUAAUCUGAAAUCUCAAGUUUUCCCUGAUUCUAAAAUCAAACGAACCCAAAAGUCUAUGGAUUUGCCAAAAUCAAAGAAUAAUCCUGAUCUAGCCCUCAAAAAUUCAAAUAUAGAUGAUAAAUUAGAUAUGAAAGCCAGAAGAAAACGCAACAUAGAGAGAAGGAGCCAUUUGACUAUAAAAGAUACAAUCCUAAAGAACACCUCUAGCCACUCAAUCUACAAAAACCAAGCCUCCAACACCUAAAAAGAGGCGUAACUUUUCCCUAUCCUCCAAUAACCCCACUACCAAAAACAAAGACCUAAAAUCAAUCGUCAAUACACACACAACCAACAAGUCAGCCCAAGAUCUGCCAAAACUUUCUAAAGAAAUUGGGCAGCCGAAAUUCCCUGAAAUCAACACAAAAGACAACUUCAACCCCUACAUAAACUACAACCCCACUCGCCCCUCCCCCGAUCCCAUCCUUGCUAACAAGAGCGUGAGCUUGCUCUCCCUCAGCCAGAUCUCCUCUCCAGAUUCCCUCGAAUCCACUUCCAAAAAGAAUCAAAGGACUUCAUCGGAUUCGGACAAUGUGUUGAAGUAUACGUUUAAAACUAAGGUUUUGGAGACGACUAAUAGGAGUUUAUUGAUGAAGAUUAGACAAAAACAAUCAGUCUCAAAACAAAUCCAACAACUCAACUCUGAACUAAGUCCUCGAUUCCGCCUCUCAAAACUCGAUCUCGAAGACAUUGAAAACUCCAGAGUACUCCGGCCAGGAGAGUGGGGUGCCAAGCUCUCAGUCCAACUCAUGAGGAAUAUUAAGAAGGAAGAACGGAGGAAGCUCUAUUAUAAGAAUAGAGUGAGAUACCUGAAGAGGAGUAAUAGGAAGGAAAAGAAUAAAUCAGUCGGAUUUUAAUAAAAAAAUUUAAAGGCUAAAUUGGAUUUUA